UAAUUUUAAAGGAUUAUUGACUCGUGGUUUGGAAAAAUAUAGAAGAUGAAUAAAGACCCAGCUAAACUCGGAUUUUUCCAGUCAUUCCAGGACGGAAAAAUCGUCACCCAAAGAGCUGAAAGCGUUUGGGUUCUCGCUGUCCAUUACGACUUUAAAUUUAAUGAAGGAAAGCACCCAGCCAGCUCAAAAAAAUUUUUCGAUGAGCAUUUUCGAAACGGUGAUGACGUUGACGUGGGAAAUUUGAGAAAAACCUUUGAAGAAAGAAGAAACUGUAAUUUCUACGAUCUCUUAUCACCCACGAAAGAAAAUUUGCUCGAGCUUCUCGCCGACAAGGACCAGCUUUUGCAAUUGUUUGAAUGCAAAGAUUUGCCUGACGUGUUUGUGCUUUUCUUUCUGUCGCAUGGGAAUGAAAACGGAGUGAUUUAUUCUGACUACUGUGACAAAGAUGGCUUAAUCGUUUCUUUUACAACCGAUGAAAUUUUCCAAUCACUGAAAACCUUGACUGGUUUAGAAAAAUGUUUGAAACUGGUCAAUUUCGGUCCUUGUCGAGGGUUACUUGACGACGCAAAAUACGAUUCGGAAAAUGAAUACGAAAACUACGACAAUAGGAACUCAUGCAGGAUCACUUUUGAGCCUGCAAUGCACAAUUUGGUAGUAUUCUAUUCAACAGUUGAGACAACGGAGGCUGUUCGGGCUAAGACUGGAUCGUGGUUCGUGUGGAAUAUUUGCAGCUAUUUAAACUUGAUGCGUGAAGAUGAACCGCUGAUUACCGUACUGACGUCAAUUCAGUGGCGGAUCCACCACGAGUCGCAGAGUUGCAGGAUGGGAAAUAAGUUAUUCCUUGGACAGACACCUGAAGUCAAAUUUCUUUCGCAGGACUCGCUCUUUUUCUUUUACAAAAAUGAAAAGCCUGCAGUUUGUCAACCUUCCACAAAAGAUGCAUUAAGAAGACUUCCUGUGAAAAAAACACGUAGGGACGAGCUCUACUCCUGGCAAUCAGACAAGUCACAAAAUCUGCGAGGUCGAAGGGCUUUUAUCUUAAGCACGCCAACAGCGGACGAUAUAACGAAUAGAUUGGUAGAAACUUUACGUCAAAACCUUCAAUUCGAAACUAGUGCUAGGAAACUGAGCAUGUCAGCAAUCAAAUUAUAUUUCCAUGAUGUUUUGAAAUUGGAGCCUGAUGUCGGAUGCGUUUUAACCUGCGUAUUCAGCCAAGUGAGCGUAAAUGAAGAAAAUGAAGUUUGCAUGCAUGUGAAUUCGAGAAAAUUGCCAGUUUCGGAAAUUUUGCGCGGAUUUAUUGGACCAAAAAUUGACAAGUGGAUUGGAAAACCCAAAAUCUUUUUCCUCGUCGACGUCGAGCAACAAGGUUUUCAAUCAGAAAAUAUUUCUCUCAACAGAUGUGAAUAUGAAAUCGCGGCAACGAACCACAGUGGUUGGCUAGUCGUUGUUUUGAGGGAAAAAAAACAAUUCGAGAGUCUGCUUAAAAUUCUUGAUGGCGACGAGCUGAAGAGAGGGAAAAGUCUGCAAGAACUUUUAGCACCACUACUGCUAAUAUCUUCAACAAAGGAAACCAAUAUUCUGCUCAACUCGACGCUACAGUAUCUUCUCGACUUUCCUGUCUGGCCCAGAAUUUUCGUCAAGCCCGAUUUUAAAUUUAAACUCGACAAAGAUUUGAAUGAACAAAACUUUUCAUUUGAUCAGUUGUUGCAAGAAGCAAAGAUAACCCUGAAAGAAAGUCGGGUUUGGAUUUUGAGUUCCGUGGCCGGCGCGGGAAAGACGACCAUUCUCAAAGAAAUUGCGUUCGAACUCAAACAAGCAGAUUUUCAUGUUUUGAACGUCAUGCUGCAAAAGCACCGGCUCUACUUUGAAACAUGCUUUAAGGUUAAUGCAGUGGAAUUCCUAUCUCAAAGCACUAAUUAUUCCUCAGAUGAAAUCAACGGUUGGAUUGAGAGCAAAAGAGUUGUCGUUUCCCUCGAUGGAUUCGAUGAAGUUUGCCCUGAUUACCGAAAAAAAGUGCUGGAGUUGAUAGAACAGCUACACGAAAAAGGAUUAUCCCUUUGGAUUGGAACGAGACCUCACGAGAUGGAAGGAAUUAUGAGAGUCACUGAAAAUGCAGCUUCUGUCAAAAUUGAACCUUUCAACGAAGAGAAACAAAGAGAAUUUCUGCGUGUGGUUUGCAAGAAGAGCGAGGAAGAAUGUGCACAUUUCUUGAGAAAUUUUAAAGGUGGAAACAUCCUCGAAAACCCUUUGCAUUUAUCGCUUCUGGCCGAGUGCGAGGGCGAAGACAACUUGUACCGCAUCUACGAAAAGGUCGUGAAGAAGAAAACGAAGCAGUGCUUGGAGAUGCAAAAUGAAGGCAACACAGUGGCUGAGUGGCGGAUUGAAAAAACUUUGAAACUCCAUCGACUGAUUGCGUCUCGUUUCAUCAGUGGAGGUUGUCUCAUCGGCCAAGGAGUGAACAAAGAAGAUUUAGAAAGGCUGAACAACUUCGGAAUCGCGACCUACAUCAACGGUGAGCUCGCAUUCUUGCAUCAAACUUUCGCCGAGUUCCUCACUGCACAAAAAUUCUUACAAGAUUUGCAAGAGUUCGGCUCUUCAAAUUUAAUACUAUUUGAUUGUAACUUUGAGAAAAAUUCAUCAUACGAUAGAAGCGACGUAGACAAGUUUUUGGAAUGCAGAAAGUUUAUCGAUUUGUGUUUUUCCACGACGGAAGAUCGAGUCGGAGCACAUAAAGUACUUCUGCUGAAAAUGACAUCAGUAUUGCCACCGGAUACACUACUAACUCGUGUUUGUCGGGAUGGCCUGACAAAUAUUUUCACCCUUUUAAAACCACAGAUAUCGUUUAAAGAAUCGGAAGAGAACUUUAUUUCCGUGGAUGGACCACGUCUUUUUCUCAAUGCAAUUGAGAGAGAACAAAUCGCAAUCGAAUUGCUAGAAAUGGGAGCAGUUGAAAACUUGAAUAAAAUGUUGCCUGAAGUACUUAGUACGAUAGCAGAACUCGACGCGGUUGAUGUCCUCAAGAGUCUGAAGGAAAAAUUUGCCAGUGAUAUGAGCAGGUUAAUUCUCAGGUCAGGACAAGAAGUAAACAGAGCGUUGCUUGAGGCUGCUAAAUUUGGCCAAGAAAAGCUCCUCGCUGUACUUCUGGAGAUCGGUGUUGAUCCAAAGGGCACGUAUCAAGCUAUGAACGCUCUUUACCGUGCCUGCGAAUUUGGACAAAUAAAUUGCGUCGAGAUUCUCUUGGCCAAAAGAGCCAGGACGGCAGUAGAUGGAACCCAGCGAUAUGAUCCAUUAGUCGUGGCUGUCCUCCACGGAAAAUUGGACUUGGUCAAGUUCCUUUUAGAAGAAAAAGUGAGCGGAAUUGAACGCGACCCGGAGACCUUUGAGAUGAAGGAUUUGAAAGUGAAAUGGAAUGCUUUGCACUACGCCAUUGUAAAAGGGCAGAAGGAAAUCGUUGAAUAUUUGCUCUCACAGAGUUCAGCAUUGCAAAAUAUUAAAACGAUGGAUGGAAUUGCCCCUCUUCAGUUAGCAGCUCUGCGGAACGAAAUUGAAAUGUGUCAGUGGUUGGUGCAAAAAGGAGUCGAGCCAAAAACGCUCCUCACAUUUCCUGACGGAGAUUUAGAAGACUGGCGCCGAAGGAUUUUAAUAUGUAAAGACUAUUUUGUGAUGGUGCAAGGUGACCUAAAUUUCAAGGACGAUCGAGGGAAAACGGCUCUUCACUGCGCAGCCGAAUACGGGCACUUGGAAUUAGUCCGCGAGUUGAUCGAGUUGGACGCGGAUGUUGAAGCCACCGAUGCAAAUGGGUGGAAUGCCACUCACUUUGCUAUCGAAGAAUUCCAAACUCGCAAACGUAAUAAUAGCAAUACAGUUUUUGAUAUUCUUAAACUGUUGCACUUGAAAAACAAUAGACUGGCAAGCCAGAAAACAAAAGAUGGUAGAACAAAUUUGCACAUAAUUUACGAAAAAGAGGGAAAAUGUUCAGAGGAAGUCUUGCGUUUCCUCGUUGAGGAAGCUGGGGUGGAAGUAAACGCCGUGGACAGCCGAGGAAGCUUUGUGUUGAACAAGAAUAUCAACUGUUGGAAUAAGGAAUUUCUUUAUACCUACGCCAAAUCCGGAAAACUGCAUUCAGCCGUUGAAACGGGGAAUUUGAAAUUGGUGCAACAGUUGUGCGAAUCGGGCGUCGACCUAAAUGCCACUGGACGCCAUGGAAUGACGGCUCUCAUGAUUGCUGGCAAGUUAAAUCAAGUACAAAUUAUUGAGUUCCUGCUAGCGAAAAACGUGAAUAUCAAGAAAAAAGAUGGCACAGGAAAAAACGCCCUUCACCAUUCACUGCACAAUUUCGAAAUAACUCAACUGCUGCACAAAAAGGAAAAGAGUUUGGUUAAAAAAGUGACCAUAGACGGAUGCACUUCGCUGCACCUGGCAACGAACGAUAAAAACGGAUCCAUGGACGUGAUUCGUUGGCUUGUGGAUAAAAUCAAAAUCAACGUGAACACCUGCAAUGAGAGGGGAGAAACAGCACUAAUGCUUGCCUCGAUACAUGGAUCAAGUGACGCGCUCGAAUUACUGCUCGACAAGGGUGCUGACAUUAACAAAGAGGACAACAAUAGAAGAACUGCUUUGAUGUAUACAGUGGUGCAUGAAAAUCUGAAUUUGUUUCAUAUUUUGUUGGAAAGGGGCGCACACUUGAAUUACAGCCUUCAAGCGCUGCAAUACGCGUUUUUAGAUUUGAAUUUGCUGAAAGUGAUGUACAGUAGAAACAAAUCAUUGCUAAAAGAAGUAGAUGAGCAAGGAAACACUAUAUUGCAUAAAGCAAUAAAAAAUGAACCAAAGGAAUGCUCAUUAGUGGUGGUGUGGUGGCUAAUAGAAGAAUUAAAAAUUGACUUGGAGGUGCGCAAUAAAAAAGGAGAAACUGCACUUCUCGUUGCUUGCAAGGUGGAGAGGUGGGAGGUGGUCGACUUGCUGCUGAGCAAAAACGUUGACGCCACCGCAAAAGACAAUGAAGGGAAGUCUGCCGUUGACUACGCUCCGUUUUUAAACAUUUAGACCACAAAAAAGUAUUAAUUAUAAAACUAUUUGAAAUGUCAUAAAAAUGAAAAUUUGCAUUGAGAGUUUCGCACAAAAUAAAAAGAUCUAAAGCUUUCAGGAACAGAAACUUAAAAUUUCUUCACUUCCUCGCUUUUCCUUCAUGUACCAUAGAAGUCACGCGUGGU